AGAGGGCCUCCGGAUCCACCUCCUUGAAUAACAACAGGUCAGCAGGCUUACUCAGCAUGGAGGCCCUCUAACAAAGCCAGAGAGAAGCCACAGUCCAUGAAGCAAUGUCCCAGAAAAUGCUUCCUGGCCUCUUGUGCUUGAAUGUACCCUUAUCAGCAGAGCUAAGUGUCUGGCCUUCUCAGUCCCUGUUAAGAGAGGAAGCCACAUUCAGAGAGAGGGAGGAAUGGCCACUGGGCAUGAAGCCCAUCUAUUGCUCAUUCGGAGUGCAUCAUGAAAUGGGGAGCAGCGUGGGCAUCGGUUCCCAGAAACCUCCUCUUAGCAUUCAAGUCUCUCACCAGGAAGCUCAGUAGAAGUAGCUUGAGUAACCAGAGAAGCAGAAGACCCUAGGAGCCCUCAGAGAGUUUCUCCUCCCAUCUAGCCCUCCAAUAGUAGAGAUCCUUACCGAUGAAAUGGCUCCAGUGGACCAUCUCCAAGGAGGACUCUGCUCCAAAGAUGACCUACUAUGGAAAAUGCAUUGAGACAGUAAUAGAGCACCUUGACAAAUUUAAGCGAGGGAAGGACAGUCCUGAGCAGUUCCUGGAGACGGUAUCCACCUCCUUACAGCAGACUCUGAGCCCCCAGAAGCUUGCCUUUGUUUUGGAUAUUCUGUCUGGCUGCCUUGAGUACCAGAAGUUACUGGCCAUAGUGGUGGAUGCCUUCUAUGUUCGGGACGGACGGCUCUGCCUGUGGGCCGACUACAGCCGCUUUGAGGUGAUCUGCUACCUGGCCAUGUUCCAGCUGGACGAGCUUGGCUUCCAGCUCUUCUGCAGCAUCAUCAAGUCCCAGCCUCUGGCUAAGACUUGCAAGUUCCUCAGGUUCUUCUUUAACCCUUUGAACCUGUGCUCAUGGAUCAAGGACGAGUGGAGCCUCAUCUAUGAAACAAGCCACGUGAAGGAGAACUGGAUUGACCCUCUGAUGAGAUGGCAGCCAGAGGUCCAAGAGCUGAUCAACCAACUGGAGGGAGUGCCAACUGAUCAAUCUCUCUCGAAGACCAAGGCCAAGGCCACAGAGCACAAGGAAUUCAAACUGACUGUCCCAAGGCCCCGUGCCAUUCCAAUGCCUGAGGCUGUCCCUACUAUACCCAAGCCAAGACCUGUCCCUCAGAGUACCUACCAGGAGCCCAAAGAACAGCAGCUUCUGCAGAUGAUCAAGAGAUACAACCGUCGGACUGCUGAGGAGCUGCUGCUGAAAGCGAACAUGAAAGAGCUUCGGUGUGCCAUGCCUCGGUCGCGCAGGGAUCCACAAGCACAGGACUCCAAGAAGAAGCAGCAACAUCAAUCUGCCCCCCGCAUACGCAGGACUCCAAAGUUGACCUUCUACAAGCCUAACAAUGUCCCAGUCAAGCUGAACACAGCCACCAUCCUUCGAGAAGGGGCCUUGUACCAGCGGCAGGUGGAGAAGGAGCUGGAGAGAGUUGAUAAGCUUGUGGACGGGGCUGGGGACUUCUCUGAGUUCCUGGAGUGGCAGAAGAAGAUGCAGGCAAAGGACCUGGAGGAACAGCUGGCUGCAAGCGAGUGCCGGAGGCUGCAGGGGAAGCUGAGCCAUGAGGAGGCCAUCUUGGCCCGUCAUAACCUCAUGCAGGAAAACAAGCAGAAGGCUGACCAGAAGAAGGAAGAGACAGCUGAGCUAAUGCUGCAGUGUGCUGAGCAGCGCCAGCAACAGGAGAAGUUUGUGAAAGAGCUGGUGGAGCAGGUCAUAGAGACCCAGAAGAAUGUCAAGGUGGCCCAGAUGAAGCUUGUGAAAGGCCGGCAGCAGAUAGUUCAGGAGGUGAUAGAGGAGAGCCGGGCAUUGCGACAUCGUAGCACGGAGGCAGCCAAAGAGGAGCAGAAGCAGCGCUGUGAGCUCAUCGCCCAGCUGCGUGCGAUGGAGACACAGCCCAUGCGCAAAGAGAAGCUAGUGGACCUUACCCAGAUUCCGGGAUACGGUCUGGAAGGCGAGAUGUCUGUUGUGGAGCUUAGAGAACGGCUGGGUCUGCUCAAAGAGACCCAGAAACGAGACCAGGAGGAGAAGCGGGAUCAGAUUAUCCAGAACAAGCGAGCCCGGAAUAAAAAGCUACAGAACACAGUGGAGCAGAUCUCACUGUGCCGCGCAGCCAUGGGUAGAACUGCAGCCUUGAGGUGGGAGGAAAAGAAGGCCCAGGCCGCAAGUCUGGGGACACCCUCUCAGGAUGAGCGUGUGCUUGAGCUGCGGCGCAGAAUGGAGGAGAGGGCGGCUGAGCGCCGUAGGCAGAGAGCACAAGUGUCACCACCCCGGGCUGUGCGUCCCCAGCAGCGGGACGAGAUGCAGCACUGGCUGGAGCUGGACCAGAGUCGCGAGCGCAGACUGCGGGCAAGGCAAGAGGCAGGCGGCACCUGCCGGCCAACCCAACACCUGAAGACUGCUUGAACUCGGGGGGCGCCACGCCAACACCGCGUGCAGCCGCCCACUUGGGCCCCGCCCCUGCCCCUCGGAAUGCAUCUCUCUUCCUGCACCCCUGCCAUGAGUUCAGCCCAGACUCCCCAGCUCCAGCUUGCUUCCCCCCCUUUUUUCAUGGUUGCCCCGGAAAAGACGAGAUGUGGUGGCGCAGGAGAAACGCUAAACAACCAUCUACUUUUCCUCCGGACUGCAACCGGCUACCCAUGUUUUUAAACGCUAAACCCGGCCCUUCCCUAUUGUCUGAGCGCCCAGGUGGACGACUGGGUGCCUCCUUGACGCGGAGCCAGUGGAUCUGCCUGGGAACCCCACAGAAGUGUGGGGUUGCAAAUGAGGUCAGAUUCUUGCGCAUCGGCUAUGAAAGAGGCCCCAGUGGAUCAUCACGAAGCAACUAGACCCCACUCCUCUCCUGUGCCGCUGAGGUCCUCUGUCCUCAAAGAGUUGACUCUGGCUUAAGCUACCUGGAGGUGCCUUUCAGGACCCUCUCUCCAGCAUCAAGAGACUGAAUCCAGAAGAAUUGGAGCUCCUGGGGACAGCUGUUCAACAAGUAGCACGGCAAGUAGCACGGCAGAUCAGACGUGUUCUAAGUUUCUGGCCUUCACGCUGCCUUGUCCUGGGGAAAACUGAACUUUCAUAACAAUAUGUGUGGGACGAAUGACCACUGGUGAAGUUCAGCCUAAAGAAUAAAGCUGUAUUGUGUUGUUUGGUUCACAGGAAGAAGAUGGUGGCAAGUCUUGGGGAGGGACUAAAGCAAGGAGAAACUACUGAUGGGUAGAUGUUCAGGAGAGAAACACCACCCCCUGGCCAUCCUUCUUAGGCUUGCAGAGAAGAUAGUGCCUUAAUGUGGUAAGGCUCCAUCGUGGGGUACUUCAGACCAAGAAAGUCCCUCGGCACUGACAGGAAGAGAUUCAAGUUUCAGAGUCCUACCCCAGUGAUGUAGAACAGAAUUCCAAGGCUCUUGUACAACCCUAGACGGGGGCUCCAGAUGGGGGCUCCGGGGAGAAAAGAAUCCCCAUCUCCCUGUUGAUUUAGAGUUGGGGGCAGAUUCAAUUUGAUUUAAAUAAGAAUCACAUUUCUGCUUACACCUUUAACCCCAGCCCUCUGGGAAGCAGAGGCAGGUAGAUCUCUGUGAGUUAAGGCCAGGACAGCCAAGGCUACACAAAGAAACCCUGUAUCAAAACAAACAAAAAAAGCCAGGCAUGGUGCAGGCCUUUAAUCUCAGCACGGGAGGCAGAGGCAGAUGGAUCUCUGUGAGUUUGAGGCCAGCCUGGUCUACAAAGUGAGUCCAGGAUGCCCAAGGCAACAGAGAAACCCUGUCUCAAAAAAAAAAAAUCACAUUUCUUACGGGUUUUGUGUGAUUCAAACUCAUUUCAAAGGGGGGUGAUUUCAAGCAAGACAAAGGCAGGGUAGAUCUAGGAUGUGUUGGACAUGGAUGCUCUGUCUCCAGGCUACUAACAGUUAUCAUUUCAACAAGAGGGAGGUUACCGUUGUCGUCGUUCUAGGUCGAACCUGCUCUUGCUGGUCCAGCUCCUUCAGAGGAGCCAGUGUGCAUGGAAGCAGACACUGCGGCAAGGCCAUGGGGAGUUACCUUUCACUGUAAGAUUAGCCUCUGGCUACCCGACAAACUGGGUGGCACCAGCAGCGGUGCUUGGUUGGCAGUCGGCAAGGCCCCCUUUCCUUGCCUUGCCUUUCUGGACUGAGCCGCUGCUCAGGGACCACUCAAGAGCAUUGGGAGUGUUUGCUCCAGACAACCCGAGCCAGACAGCGGGCUUGAGACUAUGUCUCGACGUUGUGGAAGUGGAUGCUGUGUGUUGUAGAACUACGGCCAGAUGGUAACAUACCAAUAUCCGUUGUCUUGCAGCUUCUUACCUCUGGUUUUGCUGUGCCUGGUAAUUUACUCAUGUGAUUUCAGCACUUGGGAGGUAGAGGCAGGAAACGGAAUCCAGAGUAGAGACCCCCAUGGGCAACGUAGUACCUUUGAAAGCAGUCUGCCUACGUAGCACUACCUGCUUUCAGAGCGGUAGAGUGCAGGGCGUUGGCGGCAGGUGCCCUUAAUCCAAGCACUCAGGAGGCGGAGGCAGGCAAAUCUCUGUGAAUUCAAGGCCAGCCUGGUCUCCAGAGGGAGUUCCAGGACAGCUAGGACUACGUGGAGAAAAACCACACACACACACACACACACACACACACACAAAAAAAAAAAAAAAAAAAACAAACAAAAAAGAGGUAGCUGGCAGGCAGGCAGACUGGCUCAGUGGGCUAAGGUUCUUGCUGUACAAACUGACAACCUGAGAUCAAUCUCUGGAACCCAAGUUAAGGUGAAAGGAGAGAACCAAUACUACAAAGUUAUCCUAUGAUGUCUACACAUACUCCAUGGCACAUGUAACCUCGCCUGCCACACCUACCCCCAUUAAGAGAAAAAAAAUACACAGAGAUAGUUUAUCCCCUGAACAUCUUCUGAUACAUACCUGGCCUCAUAACUUUCUUUGGCCAAUACCAUCCAAAAGUGAAGUGGCAGUGUGCCAGUUUAGAAGUCAGCCAUCAAGUGGUCUUGAGGUCCUGUUUGCUUUCUCAUGUGAACAUGAUGGGAGUGCCUACUGAAAUGACAACAUGAGAAGGAGCUCCAGCUGUCCCUGAGAGUCUAUCCUAGAUCAUCCUACAACCAAUAGAUUGCAGCAGUGGGGACAGACAGAGCAAGAACCUUGCCUUUUUUGUAAAUUCAUGACUUAAAACAAAUAAA